AUGGCCUCCAAAGCUGCACCAGAGCCGCUCAGGCUGAGCAACAAGAACCUCGCCCAGAUCUCGGGAUACGGUGACGGCGAGGGCCACCAGGCGUCGGUCAUCCCGACCUACAGCCGUGAGGGCCUGAAGGAGGGCAUCGUGCACAUUGGCGUCGGCGGCUUCCACCGCGCCCACUUGGCCGUGUACAUCGACAACCUGCUGGGCGCCAACGCGGGCGACGCUCGCGAGUGGGCCAUCUGCGGCGUGGGCCUCAAGCCCUUCGACGCGGGCAUGCGCGAUGCCCUGGUCCCCCAGGACGGCCUCUACACAACCAUCGAGCGCUCGGCGAGCGGCAGCAGGGCGCGCGUCAUUGGCAGUAUCAACUCCUUCCUGUACGCCCCCGACAACGUGGACGCCGUCAUCGCCAAGAUGGCGCACCCGGACACGAAGAUCGUGUCCAUGACCAUCACCGAGAGCGGCUACUACUACAACGAGAACACGCACGAGCUGCAGGCCCACGAGCCGGACAUCGUCGAGGACCUGGGAAGCGACCUCUCCUCGCCCAAGACCACCUAUGGCUUCCUGUUCGCCGCGCUCGCCCGCCGCAAGGAGGCCGGCCUGAAGCCAUUCACCGUGCUAUCGUGCGACAACAUGCAGAAGAACGGCACCAUCACGCGCAACAUGCUGCUGUCGUUCGCGCGGCUGCGCGACCCGGCCGUCGCCGACUGGAUCGCCGAGCACGGCGGGUUCCCCAACAGCAUGGUGGACCGCAUCACCCCGCGCACGGCCGAGGCCGACAAGGUCGACCUCGCGUCGCAGUUCGGUAUCCAGGACGAGUGGCCCGUGGUGACGGAGCCGUUCAUGCAGUGGGUGGUCGAGGACCACUUCGCGAACGGCCGCCCGGCCUUCGACAAGGUGGGCGUGCAGGUGGUCAAGAGCGUGCACGAGGUCGAGAAGUUCGAGUGCCACAAGCUGCGGCUGCUCAACGCGAGCCACACGGCCAUGUCGUACAUCGCCUUCCUCUCCGGGUUCGAGUACGUGCACAACGUGAUCGAGCACCCGCUCUUCAACAAGUUCCUCUACAACAUGAUGCACGAGGAGGUGCGGCCCCUGCUGCCCGAGAUCCCAGGGGUCAACAUCGACGACUACAUCAAGCAGCUGAUGCACCGUUUCUCCAACCCGACCAUUAUGGACCAGAUCACCCGCCUCACCCUCAACGGCUCGGGAAAGCUCCCGCAGUUCAUCAUGCCCUCCAUCGCCGAGCAGAUCUGGGACAGCCGCGAGCACAACUUCCGCCGCCUCACCCUCGCCGUCGCCUCGUGGUUCCGCUACCUCGACGGCGUCGACGAGCAGGGCAGGCCCUACAACAUCGACGACCCCAUGGCCGAGCAGCUCAAGGCCCUCGCCAAGCAGGGCGGCACCGACCCGGCCCCGCUGCUCGGCAUCAAGAACCUCUUCGGUGACGAUCUGCGCGGCGACAAGCUCUUCGUCGAGGAGCUCGGCCGCGCCCUCAAGAGCCUGCACGAGGAGGGCGCCAUGGCCACCCUGGCCAAGUACGUCGACUAA